CCCAGCCUUUAUCCGGCGGUGCUGCAUGCGCUGGAACAUCACCGUACACCGAGACAGACCCGGCACAGUUCAGCAGUCAAGCACCGGAGAUUGGAGUGUGUUUAUGUUCGCGGCGGAGGGGUUGGACACUUCCUCGCUCUGAAUCUGAGGGUGCCGUCAGCGGGAGAUUGAGCGUCUGGUUAACACAUGAUGUUCAAGGACUACAGAUCUGGCCGAGCUGUAGGUCUGAAUCCGCUGCCCUUUGACCCUGCCACGAACAACGAACCCCUGCAAUUCAACAGCUCCAAUGGUCCUCUGGUCUCCGACUGUCCUCUGGAAAACGGCACAGAAAACAGCAAAAAGAGAAAGAGACCCAACCUUCCUCCAGAGGGCCUUAGAAAUAUUGCCAUGGACUCCAACUCUUUAGCAAUGCCCAUGUCGGACCCUAACGCUUGGGCGACUGCCAUGAACAACCUCGGGAUGGCCCCCAUGAGCAUGACUGGACAACCAAUCAUGUCAGAUUUUGACCCCAGCCUCGGCAUGAUGACUGGAAUUGCUCCGAUGAACCCCAUGAUGCCCGGCCUUGGGAUCGUGCCCCCGCCGGUUUCGCAAGACAUGCCCAUCGUGAAGGAAAUCAUCCACUGCAAGAGCUGCACGCUUUUUCCACCCAACCCCAACCUGCCUCCCCCUGCCACCAGAGAGAGACCGCCGGGCUGUAAGACGGUGUUUGUGGGCGGCUUGCCAGAGAACGCCACAGAGCAGCUCAUCGUGGAGGUGUUUGAACAGUGCGGGAGUAUCAUCGCCAUACGUAAGAGCAAGAAGAACUUCUGUCACAUCCGUUUUGCUGAGGAGCACACAGUGGACAAGGCCCUCUUCCUGUCAGGUUACAGGAUCAGGCUGGGAUCCAGCACAGAUAAGAAGGACACAGGUCGGCUGCAUGUAGAUUUCGCUCAGGCUCGAGAUGACCUGUACGAGUGGGAGUGCAGACAGCGCAUGCUGGCCCGGGAAGAGAGGCAUCGGCGCAGGAUAGAAGAGGACCGUCUGCGGCCCCCCUCGCCGCCCCCCAUCGUCCAUUUCUCCGAGCACGAGUGCAGCCAGUUAGGAGAAAAGCUCAAAGACGACUCCAAAUUUCCCGAGGCGGUGCGUGUCCUGCUGACCUGGGUGGAACGAGGGGAGGUAAACCGCAGGAACGCCAACAACUUCUAUUCCAUGAUCCAGUCCUCCAACAGCCACAUUCGCCGGCUGAUGAACGAGAAGGCCGCCCAUGAAAAGGAGAUGGAGGAGGCCAAGGAGAAGUUCAAAAACGCCCUUGCUGGGAUUUUAGUACAAUUUGAGCAGAUUGUGUCUGUAUUCCACGCUGCUUCCAAACAAAAGGCAUGGGACCAUUUCUCCAAAGCCCAACGCAAGAACCUGGACAUGUGGCGAAAGCAAGCAGAGGAGAUCAGAAACAUCCACAAUGAAGAGCUGAUGGGUAUUCGGAGAGAGGAGGAAAUGGAGAUGUCGGAUGAUGACAUGGAGGACGCCCCGGAAAGCAAGGAUUCGGAUGAUUCAGGGCCACUGGCUCAGGUGGAGGCUCUGAAAGAAGAGAACGACAGUCUGCGGUGUCAGCUGGAUGCCUACAGGAAUGAGGUGGAGCUUUUGAAACAGGAGCAGGGUAAGGCGCAGCCCCAGCGCAGCGAGGAGGACGCCACCCGCCAGCAGCAGCUCAGCUUCCUGCAGCAGGCUCUGCAGGGCAUGCAAAAGCAACUGCUCAAGCUUCGCGAAGAUCUGAAACAGAGAGAGACGGAGCUGGAGAAGAACUCGGAGGAAAAACAACAGCUCGAAAGCCAGAUCCAGAGUCUGAAAGAUCGGAUUCAAGCGUUCCCCACAUCACACGCUCUGCCCCUGGAGACGACCAAGCAGGAGGACAGAGGAGGCGAUGAAAGCGCCAAUCACGCCAAUGAGGCGGCGGCGGCGGCCGUGGUGUCCUGCAGCCAGGAGAAGGAGAGCCUGCCAGAGAAAGGGCCUCCCAGCCCGGUGAAGUCAGAGAGAGAAGCUCUGCUCGUGGGAAUCAUCUCAACGUUUCUUCACGUCCAUCCUUUUGGAGCCAGCAUUGAAUAUAUCUGCUCCUAUUUACAGCGGCUGGACACUAAGAUCAGCACCACAGAGGUGGAGACUCUUUUGGGUCGGCUGCCCUGCACAUUCAAGCAGGAGUUGACAGGUGUCGGGGCGAGUUUGGAGAAACGCUGGAAGUUCUGUGGGUUUGAGGGCAUUAAGACGGCGUAGAGACACGGGUCAGGGUUCCCGCUAGAGACAAACACGGCCAACGGACCGGAGGGGUCACAACCAAUCACCUGCCAGCUCUCCGCGUCCAUCCGCCCACCCAUGGGAUUCUAAUGUGGAAACACUCUAGACCUGGAGAUCCUCAAGACUUUGGUGUGUGUGUGUAGUAUGAUUUAGUAUGUGUACACACGAGCACACGUCGGCGUGCGUGUACGUGCACCACGCGAACGGACCGCGCGCUUGUACCACACAACGAAAAACUCAUCGGGUAAAAAUCAGGGUUUGCAGAACCGAGGACUUGAACUGUCAACAUACAUUUUCUUGUUUCACCUCUGAUUUGUAAAAAAACGAAAGGAAAAAAACAUAAAUAACAUGAAUAUAUUUCUUUUCUCUUCUGUAUAGGCUGCAGAAAAACAGUUGCAUAGAAUCUUUUGUUCACAUAUCCUGUAAAUGUUUGAAUAACUUGCUAUUUUUAAAUAAAAAAAGAACAACAAAAUCUGCAAUCACACGCUUUUAUUAGUUUAACAAUCUAGGCCAGUGCUUCAGAAAUCUUCAAAAGUUCCACUUUCAGCACCUCUGCUAAUUAAAAGAGGAA